ACAGAGGCACGGACAUACCGGAAGUUUAGACGGUUGCUCUGGGUGAACUGUGACAGCAUCGCAUCAAAUUAAAACAAUAUUUCCCCAAUUUUUUUUCCCAUAUCGCUCCCCUUUCCCUCACCCAUGGCGUCCAAUUCGAACAUAGACAUCGAGGGAGCGACCCAGCACCUCCGAGACAUCUUGAAACUCGACCGCUCGGGUAGCAGCGCCGAUGUACAGUCAAGUGAUGAUCAGAGGAAACUACCGUUCAACGGAGAGCUGAACGGCUUACUGGGAGCAGGACUGCUGGGAAGCAGCAUGUCUGACUCUACCAGACCCAUCUCCACAGACGGCAGCAUCCAGGAGACUCAGAGGAUCUGCCUAACCGGUGACGAUGGGAGCACCAGUAUCCCCAUCACCUCCAACAACGUGGAGAUCGUGGCGAGCCAGGACUCUGGUAUCAACAGCAAGGCUCGCGGCAGCAACAAGGUUAAAAUUCAGACUCUCGCCAAAUAUGACUGGGAGCAAAAGUAUUAUUAUGGCAGACUCAUAGCGGUCUCCAACUCCUUCCUUGCAUACGCCAUCAGAGCCAACAACCAUGCGAUGGUUCGGGUCCUGAGUUUGAACAUUAGUGAACGCUCCUUACUGAAGGGAUUCACCGGGGCCGUCACAGACCUGGCUUUCGCCCACCUUGACUCCUCUCUUUUGGGUUGUGUGGACGAGGCGGGGAACCUGAUGGUCUGGCAGCUUACGCUCACUGAAAGCAAAAUACUGGACCAGAUAAUUGUUCAUAUUCAACGGCCAGAAGACACUCCACUGAACUCCCACAGGCGCCUCAUCUGGUGCCCGUUCAUCUUGGAUGACAGUGAGGAGAACCAGGACGACAUCGGCCAGAUUUUGGCUCUUCUACAUGAAGACAGGGCUGAAGUUUGGGACCUUGAAGUAUUGAGAGCUAAUAACAGCAGUUGGCCUGUCGAUGCUGCAGAACUGAGAGACGGCCUAAUCACAGUGAAAGGACAUAACCAGCGACUCAGUGAAGGCGCCCUGUCCCCUGAUGGAACCGUGUUAGCCACAGCUAGCCAUGAUGGAUACAUCAAGUUCUGGCAGAUUUACAUAGAAGGUGGACAGGACCAGCCAAGGUGUCUUCAUGAAUUACGGCCUCAUGGAGGACGUCCGCUCUCCUGUCUUCUCUUCUGUGAUAACCACAAGCGGCAGGAUCCAGAGGUUCCUUUCUGGAGGUUUUUGAUAACUGGAGCCGACCAGAACCAGGAGUUAAAGAUGUGGUGCACCGUCUCCUGGACCUGCCUGCAGACCAUUAGGUUUUCUCCAGAUCCAUUUAACUCGACGGUUUUGCCAAGUCUCAAGGCCAGUUUAGAUCUUUCUGCUGAAUACUUGAUCCUCACUGAUGUGCAAAGAAAGGUCCUUUAUGUGAUGCAGCUGAGGCAGGACCUGGAGAAGGGUAAAGCCAAUUUCACUGCUGUGUCGGAGUUCCUACUCACUCACCCUGUGCUUAGCUUUGGGGUACGAGACGUCACCCAGAGCCGACUGAGACACACUGAGGUCCUGACAGCCGAGGAGGAGAGCGAGAGUAUUUCAACAGAGGGCACUCAAGGUCCAGCCGAGUCUAAAUCUGGGAUCCAAAUUAAACUCUACUGUGUCCACCCAAAGAGUUUGCAGGGCGUCCAGAUCUGGUUUCAGCCCAAUGCAGCUCUCAAUACAUCAGGCUUUCUUCCUCAUUCGGACUCGCAAGAGGGUUUUGCAGGGUUUUCAGACCAUCUCACAGACCAGAGCUCCGAUAAGGACUCUGGAAGUGGCUCACAGACCGACCUUAGAAAGAUCCCCUCCCUCCCUGCUCCUUCUGACUUCCUGUCCAACUCGGGGCCCAGCAGUGGGCCGAUGCCCAAGCUGAUGACUCCUGAUGCCUUCAUGACACCAAGCACUUCGGUACCUGCGUCUCCUGGUAGUAGUGCCAGCAGCCUGACUAUUGUUACAGCCACCAGCAGUAACUCUGACUCAAACAGAGCUAUAGAGGAUGUUACUCAGAGUCCCAGCAGAGGAGACAACAACAACAGCAACAGUAGUUUGGGGCUCUCUGUCUCCACCAGCAGCCCAAGAGCUGCUUCUGCAGUGCUGCUGCCUGGACUAGAGGGCCUGCAGGCUCUGGCUUCCCCCAGUGGCCCCCUGGCUCUCGAGUCCCCUCAUGUCCCAGAUUCUCCCCUGCUGCCUCCCUUAGCCUCCCCCACCAGGGCCCGCUCUCCAGACGUCAUCUCUUCCGCUUCAACGGUGAUGUCCCAGGACAUGCCAGAGAUCGCGACACAGACCCUGCAGCACCAGCGCGGUCACGGCUUAGAGGCCUUACCUCUUCCUGCUCUCCAGACGGACAGCAUGGCUUCUGCUGCUUGUGCUCUGCACCUCCUGACAUCUCCUCGUUCUGCUAACAACAACGGUUUGUUGCCCCUCGAACUCGGAGGCAGCGAAGUGUCGCCCAUCGGGCCAAUAGAGUCAGAGUCCAGAAUGGGUAAUAAACCGUCUCUUCUGGAGAACACGCUGUCGCAGGAGAACUCCGGGGGCAGCGGAGGGUCAUUAGAUGGCAGUGUUAGCCAUACGGCUUGGCCGGCAGCCCCAGACAUCACCAGGGAAACCAGAAACAGCCUCAGGGACAACGGGUUGGGAGACUGUUCGAGAGAGGAGUCCAGUGAGCGCCGUUUGAGUUCUCCCUACCACCCUCGCUCCCACCACCUCACACAGAACGACAGUCAGGACGUUGGAGCCGAUCAGAGCGAUCCUGAUGAUGAGAUUUCUAGUCUGGCUUCAUCCUCUGGGAACUGCGGCUCUCGCUCCUCCCACAGGAUACCAGUCAAAGACUGGAAGACCUCCCCAAGAAGCUCGCCCAAACUAAAGAGGAGAAUGAAGAAAGAUGACAGUGAAUCUUCUCAGCCCAGGCACAUGGAUGCUGGUCAGUUUAAUGCAGAAGCUCAGGAUGAGCUGUUGAUGCUGCUGCGCACCCAGCAGAGAGACUUAACUGAACUGUGGUCACUGGUGGAGACCAUGCCGGGUACAAUUAUUGCUCAGGUGGAGCGCGUCCUGAUGAAGCACCAGGAGCAGGAACAGCGCAGAUUGGAUCGAGUUCUGGCAGAGAGUCAGAACCACCAGCAGCAGCUUCAGGAGCAGUUCACCCAGCAGCUGAGCAACACCCUCAGCUCAGCGCUAACAAACAGAAUGGACAAAGUGCUUCGAGAGGAGCUGAAGAAAACUGUCCCACAGACAAUUUCUAAGAGUAUGGAACCUGUGACGGGGCAGCUGAACAAUACGAUUGCAGCUAAACUGACUGCAGUGGAGGUUACCCUGAAAGACAAUGUCAUCAAGGUGGUCAAAUCCAAGAACACUACAGACGCCAUCGGUCGAGCUGUGUCCGAGGCCAUGCAGGGCCCCAUCCAGGCUGCCUAUAAAGACGCCUUCCAGAGCACCGUGCUGCCUGUCUUUGAAAGAGGCUUCCAGUCCAUGUUUCAGCAAAUCAAUGAAAGCUUCAAGCUGGGAACACAAGAAUACAUCCAGCAGCUGGAGACUCACUUGAAAAGCAGAAAGCAAAGGGAGCAGGACUCACGGGACCCUGUGAUCGGCCAGCUUCAGCAGAUGAUCGACACCUUCCAGAACUCCACCGAUCAGCUGGCCGGCAACAUAUCGGCCGCCGUCCGGACCGAGGUCCAGCACCAGAUGCAAAUGGUGGUGGGAAACCUGCAGGAUACUAUUCUCAGCCAAGUGCAGCGAAUCGUCAAAGGGGAGGUGAACCUGGCCAUGAAGGAGCAGCAGGCAGUCGUCACCUCUAGCAUCAUGCAGGCGAUGAGGUCAGCAGCGGGAACGCCUGUCCCCACUGCGCACCUGGACUACCAGACGCAGCAGGCAAACAUCCUGCAGUUCCUCCAGCAGGGCCAGCUCAAUCAGGCCUUUCAGCAGGCUCUGUCAGCGACUGAUCUGAAUCUGGUUCUGUACGUGUGUGAGACCAUCGACUCACAGCAGGUGUUUGGGCAGACGCCCUGCCCUCUGAGCCAGCCUGUGCUGCUCUCACUCAUCCAGCAGCUUUCCUCCAACCUCACCACCCGCUCUGAGCUCAAAAUCAGCUACCUGGAAGACGCAGUGAUGAACUUGGACCACAGAGACCCUCUGACCAAAGACCACAUGUCCUCUGUGCUGUCCCAGGUCCGACCAAAGCUCAUGGCCUUCCUGCAGCAGGACCCUCACGGCCCGCUCAGCAAGAGGGCGCGGCGCCUGCUGAUGAUGCUGCAGGGACUCGUCAACCACUAGUCCUGGAGCAGGAGUCUCUUUGACCCCUCCCCCCUCUCAUCAUCUCUCAUUUUGGUUUUGGUUUUUAAAGGCAGAAGCUUCAGGAAACGCAUUGUUCUGCUUCUGAGACAGAACCCCAUCUCUGUCUCCUCAGUGCCGCAUCACUUCCUGGUCUUUAGGUUACUGUAAUUUCAUUUUUUUUCCUUUAUGUGGGAGGAUAAUGAUGACAGAAGGAUUGUCUAACCUCACUGUUGACCUUCUGGUCUUCUCUGACACUUGGAGCCGUCUGCUGACCCGAGGAAUUC